CCAACCCCCGACGCAAAAAGACGAAUGUUUAAGUAUGACCCAAAUGUCUGUGGGCAUUUAUAUUCCUUGUUUAAUUACUUUUAAACCACAGAACAGAUUUCAAUGAUUUUUUACAUGAUUAAGAUUUUAUAUCAGUUAUCGUUAGAUUAAGACUUACGAACCGGGUUCCAGAGCAAAUACUGACGUGAUUGAUGAGAAAAAAAAAAUCGGAAAUAUAAAUACAAGAAUUAAAUAUUUAAUAAAUUGGUGGAGAAUUUGGUUAUGUUAUAAUUGUUUUCGAUAAAAUGAAGACUACUUUGUUUUAUAUGAGCUGAACUGUUCAAUAUGGGUUAUUCAAAUAUUUUUUAAUCGUCUGUAGCAAUGUAUGCCGAGGAGUGAACGCGAUGCUGCCUUUUCGUCUCCGACGCGUUUCCGGGUACGAGGGUCGUGUGAAUGAUGUUAUAUUUCGUCCGGCGAUCAGUGACGCAGCUCGCGGUGCGGAGACGCUGGUCUUCUUUGGAGGAGAUGUCCAGGACUAUCCAGAGGCGAUGCAGGCUCACCGUGAUAACAGACACUACGUGAAGUGGAACCUUGAGAGCACUGCCCGCAUGCUCGGGGAAAGCUUCGUCGACAAACACAUCGUGGUUGUGAGACCUUCGAGGAUAGAGUUCAAGAGCUUCAGUUGUUACGACAACUUUGUUCCAAGUAACAACGCCGGUGUCCCGGACCACACGCCGACACACCACGCCUUGUUACAUCUAGAGAGAUUGCUGAAAAAUGUAAGCAUCAGAAUGAAAACGAUGUCAGAGAGAGAACUCUUGGAUGUGUUGAGGGAUGUGUCGCCGGACAGCAGUGUUGAAGGAUGCCGCACAGCCGUUCCCCGGGAGCCGAGCUCAGCUAGAGAUCCCUUGUGGUGGAGGGAAUCCCUCGCGCUGGACGAGAGUUCCAUCUCGCUGGUGGGGUUCAGUAAGGGUUGUGUGGUGCUCAACCAGAUAAUAUACGAGUUCCAUUACACACAGACGCUCACGCCCGGAGACGAACACAUGAUGAGGUUGUCGGGUCGCAUCUGUGACAUGUACUGGUUGGACGGCGGACACGCUGGUGGUAAGAACACCUGGCUGACGGCGCGCUCGCUGCUGGAGACGAUCGCCACUAGAGGUGUAAAUAUUUACAUCCACGUCAGUCCCUACCAGAUCAAGGACGAGAGUCGUCCGUGGAUCGGCAGAGAGGAGAAGAUCUUCAGCAGUCUGCUCAAGAAACUCGGUGCUAAGGUUCACCGUUACACUCACGAUCCUCCCGGGCCGCAGUCUCUCCACAUGCACUUCUCCGUGCUCGGGAACUUCAAGCAGAUCCAGGACUCGAACCCGGGACCCGGCAGCGACUCCGACGAUGACACAUCCAAUUGAUGAACUAACAUACGUAUAGCUAUCUAAUUACUUGUUUGGCAAAAAUGUUAAAUGUGUUAUUCAAAGAUAAUGUUCAACUUGUUAAAAUUAUACUUUUAAGAAAUAAAUACAUAGUAUAAUUUG